UCUCUCUCUCUCUCUCUCUCUCUCUCUCUCUCUCUCUCACAUCAAAAAAGCAGUUUCUUUCUUGAUUCUUCAAGUAAAGAGAAGGAAUUGGAUACCAUUUCUCCGUUUUAGGUUUUCCUACUAAUCCAAACAAAUCUCAACUUGUACACUAUUUUCGAGUCGAUCUGUUGUUGCUUAUUGUUCAAAACAUCACGAAGAUAAAUAGAGAGAGAGAGAAAGUUUGUUUUGAAAUCGUAAAAAUGGGGUCAUCAUCAGGUCAGUACGAUCUCUCAUUUAAGAUCUUAUUGAUCGGAGAUUCUGGUGUCGGUAAAAGUAGUCUUCUCGUCAGUUUCAUCUCCGACGCCUUCGAAGAUCUCGCACCUACCAUUGGUGUUGACUUCAAAAUGAAGCAGCUUACAGUUGGAGGAAAAAGAUUAAAACUUACAAUAUGGGACACAGCUGGACAAGAAAGAUUCAGGACACUAACAAGCUCUUACUACAGGGGUGCCCAAGGGAUUAUUCUUGUGUAUGAUGUUACAAGAAGAGAAACGUUCACAAACCUUUCGGAAAUAUGGGCUAAAGAAGUUGACCUUUACUCCACUAAUCAAGAUUGUGUCAAGAUGCUUGUUGGAAACAAAGUUGACAAAGACACCGAAAGAUUUGUGAGCAGGGAAGAAGGCAUUGAUCUUGCAAAAGAGCUCAAAUGUUUGUUUCUUGAAUGUAGUGCAAGAACUCGUGAAAAUGUUAAUCAAUGCUUCGAAGAACUUGCAUUAAAGAUAAUGGAGGUUCCGAGUCUUCUAGAAGAAGGGUCUACAAUAGUGAAGAGAAAUAAUAUAUUGAAGCAAAAACCGGAGAACAACCAUGUUGCAUCUACUCAAGGAUGUUGCUCAUAAAUAUUGGAUGUAAAUGAUUGGUUUGUUUUAGUUUUUGAAGAUAGUGGUUGAGUUUUGUGAGUGAUUAUAGAAGUUUGUGUAAAGUCUUUUUCUGUUUAUUUUCAUGUCAAUCCUUUUGUUUGAGGAAAAUAAGAAAGAAAGAAAGAAAUUCAUUGUGCUUUGUAUAUAUAACUUUGAAUUCUCAAAUGUGUCCUGGGUUUUCAUACAAA